AUGAUGCUACAGAGUCCUACACAUCUCAGGCUCGACCGCUCUAACUCUACCUUUUUAGGUGCCAAUGGUUACUAUCACAAUGAGGUGACAUUAACCGUCAAAGGAGUUGAGGUGAAGCUCGUGAAGAUUUGGCCUGACUUUACAUGCAUUGAUUUGUCUUCCAAUCAUUUUCAUGGAGAUAUACCAGACGCAAUUGGUAAUCUUAGCUCACUCUAUCUUCUCAACUUAUCCCACAACUCUCUCACUAAUGCAAUCCCAAGUUCAUUGGGUGCCUUGGCAGAUCUUGGGUCGCUUGACCUCUCUACAAACAAGCUCACCGGGAGAAUACCGGACGAGCUCACAAAACUCGAUUUCCUUUCAUUCUUGAAUCUGUCUUUCAAUCAUCUCACCGGACCGAUCCCAACCAGUAGCCACUUUCAAACGUUUUCAGCAGAUUCAUUUGAAGGAAACGCGGGUUAUCUGGAUUCCCACUCAACGGAAGUUUCAAGAACCAUCGUCCCCUGGUCCAUCACCAUCACAGGAUUCGGAACCAAAAGAUGA